UAUCACAAAAGUCCCUAAAGUCCAACUGUUCAAGCUUUUUCACUCACCACCAUUAGAAUUUUGCUAGCAAAAGAGAAAACCUUUGUGAAAUCUCCAUCUCAGCUAUGUCUUCGAACAACCCUUCUCAGCUUCUUCCUUCUGAGUUGAUUGAUCGUUGCAUUGGUUCCAAGAUAUGGGUAAUAAUGAAGGGUGAUAAGGAACUUGUUGGUACACUUAGAGGAUUUGAUGUUUAUGUUAACAUGGUUCUUGAAGAUGUUACUGAAUAUGAGAUCACUUCUGAAGGGCGGAGGAUAACAAAACUUGAUCAGAUAUUGCUAAAUGGAAACAAUAUUGCUAUCCUGGUUCCUGGAGGGUCACCACCUGAUGAGUGAUAAUUGCUAUGCAACUUGUGCUGUUUACUGAGAGUAGUUGUUGAAGAUUUCCGCGAGAUAUCGUCAAGUCAAUCACUGUUUUCAACAUGUAUUUUCAGUUAUUCUGAUGUACAAGCUUAUAAUGAAUCAUCAUUGACAAGUUUUAGAAAAUUAUGAGUGUGUUCAGCUAGGCUCUACUAUUAAUUGUAGUUGCAUUAUAUUGAAAACGUCAUGGUACUUUGGCACUGGAGUUGCUAAGCUGUUGGCUUUAAACUGUGUAUGGAGUUUUGACAAAAUGGUAAAACUCAAUUGGAUCUUUGAUUA